AUGAUGGCCUCGGAAUAUGGGCCUCCGGGUGACCCAACCUGCUGGCUGGGCAACAUCAACUUCGCGACCUGCUGCCUCCCUCCGCCGCGUGGAAACGACUACUGCUGGGAGGGCGGCUUCACCUACGAGCGCUGCUGCCGCAAGAAUCCACUGGAGCCGGUGGACAUCAACAAAGUUGCAGAGAUUGCUGAGCUCGGGGGUUGUGAGCUCAACAUCUUCCAGGAGUUCAAGGAGCGCGCGGGCGCCUGGUACCGCCAUGCCGUGCCAAACUUGGUUCUGUUUCAGGAGUUUGGCUACAUCUCUCGGCGCUUUGAUUCGAUGUACCGGAGUUGCGCACCCGCCGCCCUUACAGCCCUUCUCCUGAAGCUCGAGUCCAUCUACUUCGAGGAGGAAGCCAUCUGGGCACCGCUCUACGCACAUUACGCGGAGCAGCACCACCAGGCGGUGGCCAGUGGCGACUUGCUGCAAAGCCACCACCUCAAUGGGUGGCCUCUGGUGGAAGGCUUAAAGCAGGUGAAUGCUCUCAGAGCCAGCCGAGACCCGGAGCUAGUGCCACCCCUCCGGGCACCUGUGUUGGACAUUGUGCUGUGUUACUGUGGGCGGGGCGAGCGCAUCGACUGGCUGCGCGGCUUCCACCAGCUCCCAUGGCGAAGCGAGAACCGCUCGGCGUCUACAAGGGCCCGGGUGGCGCUGAGGUUCUACCACAAAUGCGGUGCAGAGAGUGAGGAGGAGCGUGAGGAAGAGAGUUGGAGACUGCAGAAGGAGUGGUCGAACUACUUCCACAUGGUGGAGGUCCGCUAUGUGGAUGACCAAGUACGAGCCGAUGACUGCUCCGCAUAUCUGGCUUACAUCGUGGACCGCUACGACGAUCUGCCAGAUUUUGCGGUUUUCCUGCACGCGGAUGCUCCCGAGCACAUCCCCAGCGUGGACUUGUUGAUGGACGCAGUUUUUGCUGCUUCGAGGGGCUUCCUUCCCCGAGAUGCGGGCUUUGUACACUUGGCCCACAACUAUGUGCGGCACGACUGUCCAGGGAACGCGACUGGAUGUAAGGAUCCAGAUGGGCCUGAGGUGGCACGGCUUUGGAGGAGAGUGUUUCACUCGUCCAUUGUCCCAGAGCGGCUUCACGGUGACUUGAAUGGCUAUUGCUGCGUGCAGUUUCUGGUCCGCCGUGAGCGCGUCCGCCUGCGGAAGAAGCAGUUCUACGUCGACGCACUGGACUUCUUCGGGGAAACUGCCGAGUCCUACUACGAGCUCUUCGCGGCUGGUAAGGUGCUUUGGCCACCUGACACUCGUGGCCGCACCCCUUGUCAACUGGCCAUGUACUUCUGGCACGUCAUGUUUGGGGAAGACCUUUGGCUCCCGCGCCGACAUCGUGACCCACGACUCCCGCUCUUCAUCCGCAUGCUGAACAUCGAGGCAGAAGCAGCGCUCGAAGCUCAGAGGGGUGAAGAUGGUGUCGGAGGCCGUGUCAUUCAGUUCACAGGUGACAACACUGGCGCUGAGGACACGUACUAUCGCUUACAGAGUCUUUUCGCAGAGACCGCGGCCUGA